AUGUUGUUCAUCGCCAUCAUUUGCGUGUACACACACAUCGUGCCGCUCAUCUGGACCGACGUCGGACACUGGUGCAAAAGGCCGCCGCAUUCCAACGUAUCCAAGGCCGACUGGAGGAAUACGGCUAUUCCUUUGGACGCGUCUGGGAGGCCAAGCCGAUGCAGCAUGUACGAAACUCCCGAGCAGCCCGACAACGAGAUGACUGUGCUUUGCGCGGAUUGGGAGUUCGAAGAGCGCUGGCCCAGAGAGAGCGCCGUGUCCAUGUGGAACAUGGUCUGCUCGAGGCACUCGCCCAUCGCCGUCAUGAUCGUGGUUCAGAACUUCGGAUCCGCUUUGUGCGUGUCUGCAGCAGGAUACUUUGCGGACCGCAUCGGUAGGAAGUCCGUAGUGUUGCCGUUGCUGCUGGUCUUGCUGCUGUCUACGGUCAUUCUGUGCGUUUCCACUGCUUACCCCGUGCUUGUAGCGGCGCUAUUCUUCGCAGCGGGCUCCAAUGCCGUCGAUAUGACCGUCGCCUGUUUGAUCCUCUUUGAGAUGGAGUCACCGCGCUGGCUUGUUGCAAAGUCCAAGCUCCCCGAAGCGAAAACCGUCAUGCUCGCAGCGGCCGAGGUCAACCACUUUCCUCUCUCGAACACGGUGCGCUUGCUGGAGAGACUGAAGGCGGACAUCGACGCCCCCUUCGGGGAACUCACGUCGACAGAGGCAGCAAUGCUGGGCAAAGCGGCCAUCCGAAAGCACAUGUGA